AUGCCAUUGCAUACGGUUGCUCUGGGUGCGGCCUUGACUCCCACAGUCCUUCAUACUCUUGUUACUCAUUAUCUGAAUCGCAAAGCCAAUCAUGCCAAACCAACUGUUCAUAUUACCUAUGAUGAAGGAAUUCACGUCAUCCGUCAAUUCCUGUACUACGCGUCUAAACACCCUGUCGAAGACAUCCAGGCCUUUACCCGCCAAUGGGUCCCUAGCCCGCACUGGGUGAAGACCGACACGGUCACCAUCCCGGACCAAUUUUUUGGGCCUGCGGCUGCUUAUAUCUCGAAGCAGCUCGGCCCUAGGGGUGUCAUGCGCGUCGGUGGGGAGAAAUGGUGGCAGUGGCGUGGGCCCGCCGAGGAUCUCAAGGGAGAGUGGAUCGAGAUGCGCAAUCACUACAAUGAGACUAUCAAGUCCGGGAAGCGCUGUAACCGGAUUAUGCUAUACGUCCAUGGUGGCGCAUACUUCUUCGGUAGCGUUGAUACCCAUCGCUAUAUGAUGCAGCGCCAUGCGCGCAAGUUGAAGGGUCGCGUCUUUGCGCCGGACUAUCGCCUAUCGCCCCAGUACCCCUUCCCUUGUGGUCUACAGGACUGCUUGGCGGCCUAUCUCUUCUUGUUGAAAACAUUUGAUCCGAGUGAGAUUGUCCUUGCGGGAGACUCUGCGGGUGGUGGUAUGGCGCUGUCGAUGCUGGUUAUCAUGCGCGACCAGGGUAUCCCUCUCCCGGCGGGUGCAAUUUUGAUCUCGCCCUGGGUCGAUCUUACCCACUCCUUCCCAAGUAUUGUGAAAGAGAAUCCCGGAGAUUAUAUUCCCCCAUACGGAUUCCGCUACAAGCCGUCUUCUGCAUGGCCUCCGCCUAAUUCCGAUGAAAUCUUGAAGAUCAAAAAGCUGUCUCAUAAAGGAGCCGUUACCGCAAAGGAUGUCGAGCAAGCUAUUCCGGCAAACAGUAGCGCCUCUGCCCAGACGGCAGUCCGAGGCUACACUAUCCACGAGGAUAAGCCUACAGCGGAUGAACAUGCCUACCCUGGCAUGCAACAGAAUCCGGACCAGGACACAGUACAUGGAGAGCCCGAUAACAUUCAUGUUGUCUUGGACGAGAGGACGGUUGAACUCAAAGACCAAAUUCAAAUGUAUACGACCAAUCAGCUUCUCUCCCAUCCACUGGUUUCGCCUGUCCUUCAGCCUUCGCUUGGCGGUCUUCCUCCUCUGCAGGUUUUAAGCGGUGGCGGCGAAAUGCUACGCGAUGAGCAGUUCUAUGUGGCGCACAAGGCAGCCAAUCCAACGGCCUACCCGCCCGCUGACAUCUAUCUGGACGAGUUUGACCCCGAACGGGAAACUCUCAACAAAUAUGAGCCGACAUAUGUACAGCUUCAAGUUUGGGACGAUCUAUGCCAUGUCGCCCCUACCCUCAGCUUCACCAGGCCCGCCAAGUACAUGUUCCGAGCAAUCUCCCAGUUUGGCUCCUGGGCCUUGGCUCGUGCGCAAAAGUCAGAAGUCGAUAUCGUGGAUGAGGCCAUCAUCUCGCCCGUUUCGUCUACAGAUUCGGAGUCCGAAAGCCACGAGGAAGGACCUGGAGGCAGGAAGCCAACAUUUGAGCCUGGUACUUCCGUUGGGAAAGCCGGCGAUCCUUUGCCUUCUUUUGAUCGGAACAUGAUCCGUCAGCGUGUUGACAAACGUGGUCACGUCUACCCGCUUGAUCCACCAUCAUCAUAUCCUGUCCUGGACAUUCCGCCCUCCAAGGUGGGCGCAAUCAACCCUGAGCUCAUUAAAAAUUGGCUCAAAGCCAAAUACGAAUGGGAUGACAAAUUUUCCAAGGAAAAACUUCAGGUACAGAGCCGUCGCAUCAAGGAAAUGGCACAUGGUUUCCAGGACUUCGAAGGCGAGUUCCCACCUCCGAGCUCCCUAGCUGCCCGUCGCUCCGCACCCGGCGUGUUGCCCAAGCGCCACGCAAAGAAGAACUACGGCAUGAUGAUGUGGAGCGGCUGGGGUAGCAAGCACGAUGAACGGACCAUGGGACGAGAGACCGAAGCUGGGAAGUCAGGUCGACCAACUCGCACAACCCGUACGAGUGUGGAUUCUGGACAGGCUGGAACAUACUCGAGUGCGCCCUCAAAAGCCCAGAAGCCAGCCAAUGGCGGAAACCAAGGUACUGGUGCCACUGCUGUUAAUUGGAACAAGUACAGGGAAAAGGAGAGGUCGACCGGGGAUGUACCAAAUGGAAGACCCUACGGAUCGGCGAAUGGUCGUCCUGGCUCCGAAAGUGCCGGCCCGAUCCUCAUAUUACCGGAGGUUGACAACCGAAAAUUGAAUGAUGAAGCCGCUAGCACGAGAGCCCUUUUCCAUGAUGCUAUGACCUCUGAUGUGUCUCUACCUUACCUCAAAGGCAGGCCUUCAUCGGUGGCUGGUCGCAGUGAAUUCAUGUCUGACACUGCUAGCACUGUUGGUGGCGACAAAGAAUCGGUUACUACCUCCGGUGUUGCGCCAGACGGUGCCAGCACCCGUGCCGUGUUGAGAGCCAAGGGCGUGGUCGAUGUAGUCGGUGCCAGCGAGAAUGGUCGUGUGUCUACCGAUACACAGUCUGUUCUCUCUGGCCGUGGCUCUACGUCUCUUCGACCUGAACUGCCCGACAGGGAAGUUUUCAAGACAGCCGACGAGAUGCAUUAG